AUGGAAGAAGCCCUGGUUAUUAGCACCAACUCCUCACUCAAGGUCAAAAUCCACUCGGUGCCCGUUCCCAAACCCGGACCGAAUGAAGUUCUGAUCAAGGUCGUCGCCAGUGGCACGAACCCCAAGGACUGGAAAUUCCCGGAGUGGUUUGAAAAAUUCAACGGGACCAACACUGGUGAUGACAUCGCUGGGUACAUACACCAGGUCGGCGACAAUGUGUCCGAGUUCAAAGUGGGAGACCGAGUCGCCGCGUUUCAUGACUAUAUGACACCGCAUGGAAGCUUCGCUGAAUACGCCAUCGGGAAAGUUCACGCCACCUUCCAUCUUCCACCGCAUAUCUCCUUUGAGGCGGCGGCAACCGUUCCAUUGGCAGCUGCGACCGCUUCGCUGGCGUUGUUUGCUCGAUUGGGCCUCCCUGAACCCUGGCUAGGCAAUAAAUUUUGGGCCAGGAAACCUCGAGGAGGGGUUCUCGUCUACGGUGCCGCGAGUGCCGUCGGAUCAUUCGCCAUCAAAUUGCUGCAAAGAGCAGACAUACACCCCAUUAUUGGAAUUGCUGGAAGAGCUCAGGAUUAUUCCAAGAGCCUCAUGAGCAUCGACAAGGGCGACGUGGUCAUAGACUAUCGCGACGGUGAAUCUGCCGUCGUACGCGCAAUCCUCGAUGCCAUUCCAACCGGGGAAACCCUUCAAUAUGUGGUCGACGCCGUCAGCGAGAGUUCCAGCUUCAACGUGAUCAGCAAAGUUUUGGACCCGACUGCCGGGGUGGUCUCAAUCGUCACUCCGGAGCGACCAAAGGAACUAGCCAGCACAAUCCGUGUGGAGUUCAGCAACGUUGGAAGCAGUCAUGAAGAUGAUAAAGAUUUUGCAUUCGUGUGGUCUCGAGUGGUGAGUAUGGGGUUACGCGAAGGUUGGCUGGAGCCUCAUCCCCAUGAGAUUGUUCCGGGGGGACUGAAUGGUAUUCAGACUGCGCUGAAUUAUCUGAAAGCUGGAAAGGCUAGCGCUGUCAAAUAUGUUGUGAGAAUUUCGCAGGAGUGA